GGCGUCACUCCUUGGAGUAGAGUAGUGUAUAUCUGAGGAGCCCUGAUGACCCGUCCCUGCCGGAUCGUUGAUCCACAUUUGAAUCUUCCUGACGACCAUCAUCAGCUCGUGUACCGACCUCCUGCCCGUCCACUACUACUCUGCUUGCUCCCUGCCUGUACCUCUGCCGCCAGCCCGUGUACCGACCUCCUGCCCGCCCACUACUCCUCUGCCUACUACCUGCCUGUGCCUCCGCCGCCUGUCUGUGUACCAACCUCCUGCCCGCCCACUACUCCUCUGCCUACUACCUGCCUGUGCCUCCGCCGCCUGUCUGUGUACCAACCUCCUGCCCGCCCACUACUCCUCUGCCUACUACCUGCCUGUGCCUCCGCCGCCUGUCUGUGUACCAACCUCCUGCCCGCCCACUACUCCUCUGCCUACUACCUGCCUGUGCCUCCGCCGCCUGUCUGUGUACCAACCUCCUGCCCGCCCACUACUCCUCUGCCUACUACCUGCCUGUGCCUCCGCCGCCUGUCUGUGUACCAACCUCCUGCCCGCCCACUACUCCUCUGCCUACUACCUGCCUGUGCCUCCGCCACCAGCCCGUGUACCGAACCCUCUGCUUGCCCACGACUACCCUGCACCAACUCCUGCCCUCGUACCUUCCCCUCUCAUAUUAAACUCAUUUUUGCACUUCACUCAUCCGGUCUUGCAUUUGGGUUCCUUUCAGUGCUGACAGGUAUGUACGGUUUUGUUAUACCACAGGGUCUGAAUCUUAGCCUAGUAAUCAGUUUAAUGCCUUUCAGAAUUCUCUUGGGUAAAAAUAUCUUAAAUACACAACUUAUCUUCAGGGGCACACACAUGGGGUUCUAUUUUAAUUCUAAUAUACGGUGCAGUGAAAAGAUGUUUGCCCCUUCCUGAUUUAUUCUGUUAU